GCAAUGCAUGAUGGGUAGGUCAGCUUCAUUGUGGAGGGCGCCAUGUGCUUUUGAGGCAGGUCCGCUUGUGUAAACUAGGGAUCGAUAAGGCUUCUUGUCAAAGCUAACACCGGGAUUUGAGGAGUCCGCACCACCGCGUUAGCAUGUACUGCACCAAACGUUGCCUCCGAACGGCGCUGCGGGCCGCGGUGAAUCUCCAUCGGCGACAGCUUGAGCAUCACCAGACGCCGGCAUGGUGCGCACUUCGACUCCUCAGUACAGGUGCCGCCGUGCGCUCAGACACCCUGGUCACACCGCCGCUAGAUGGCGCCCCCAAACAGUACUCGCCCAAAAUCCAGCAGCUCGUCAGCGACAUAGCCAGCCUCACAUUGUUAGAAGUUUCGGACCUCAAUGAGCUCCUCAAGAAAACAUUAAAUAUUCAGGAUGUGGGAAUGAUGCCGAUGGGCGCGAUGGCUGCUUCGGCUGCUCCUGAACCUUCAGCCGCAGAAGAGGAGGCGCCGGUGAAGAAAGAAAAGACUCACUUCACAGUCAAGCUAACGGAAGUCAACGCGGCCGAGAAGGUGAAACUCAUCAAGGAGGUGAAGAAUUGCAUGCAAGGCUUGAACCUUGUGCAGGCCAAGAAGCUCGUGGAGUCUCUUCCUCAGGAGAUCCGUGCCAAUGUUUCCAAAGACGAGGCAGAGAAACUGAAAGCGGCGUUGCAGGCGGCGGGGGGAACCGUCGUCCUGGAGUAGAACCCCGCCCACCAGCGCUUCGUCCAUUUUAAUUUUCUACGUGACAAAGCAGAAGAGAAAGAAAACUGCCUUCACUCGUCCGGCAUGUUUCUUGAGCUGCGGGGCGGAACAAGUCAGACUGAACUUUUUACGAAGAAGCUCGUGACCGCCCCGCUGGUGAGAAAUCGCACUUGCCAGUGUGUAUGGCGCAUAUGUGCACGCAAAAGAAAGCGUGUAUACUGUCAAGUGCGAAUCUGAGUUUUUUUUUUUGUUGCUUAAGGAAUACUUGUCAUUAAAACCUCAUAUAUAAAUUUACUUUCCAACGUGUUUUAUACAGUAAUGCAGUGGUUCUUCACCUUGCAAAAGGUACCGAACCCUAAGAGUUUCAUAUGUGCAGUCACCGAACGCUUCGGAAUUUAAUAAUGCAGCAACUUUUUUCGAAUUCAAAACCACUAUAGCAAAGAUAGCGAGCUAAUAUAUAAGUGAAUAUUCUGUUUAAAUUUGCGACAAAUAAUUUUGCAUUUUCAUUUUUCACGUUUGAAAUGUUUUUUGUUUUGUUUUUUGUGUGUACAUUCUCAUUUUACUGUCGCAUCCUUGCAUCACGUACCAUUUUCAUGAUGGCGUUUUUUUUUUUUUUUAUCUUCACACUCCACGCUGCCUGUAGGUGUGUGAUACUUCCUCAUACUAAGUGUGAGUCAACCUUCCACUCAGUAAACUAAUUUCUCCUCCCAUUAGAUAGAGGGUUAGCAGUUGAAAGAAAUCGAAUAGUCUUUAAAUUGGGGGCAUUCCAGUUCCAAAUUUAGUCUAAAAUGACACUUUGCCUUGAGUCCGCGUAUUUAUGGGGCCUCGUGUGUCAACCUACGCCGAACCCCUUAGACUUACUUACAGAACACCUGGGGUUCAAUCGAACCCAGGUUGAAGAACCACUGCCCAAAUGCCCACUUUCUACAAUAUUUCAUGUAAAAAAAAAAAAAAAAAAAAAAAAAAAGGAAAAACGUAUUUAAACUUCAUCAGUCUGCAGCCAUUUAAGAGCGUUAUAAAUGUUAAAAUGUUUAAGUGGGUUCUAAAUGUUUUGCAACACAUUUAAGUAUUGGGUAUUUAAGUGGCAAGUAUAGAAAACUGAAAAUUGUUAUUUUACCUGAUAAUGUACCUCCAUUCCAAGUUUGUUCAGAGUUGAAAAGGUAUAAGUACAUAGUUUUUAUCAGAUUGACAUACCAAUGACUUCAGAUGAUAGUUUCAUUAGCUUUAAUAAAGAACAAUUUGAUAAUUAUUUUAAAUGUAUUUAAUUUAUUUGAAUAUUAAGAAGUAUUUGAAUACAUACAUAUUCCUUGUCUUAAAACAUUCGAAAAUAAUUCAUUUGAGCUAUCUGUGUUUAAAAGGGUUUUUACAGCGAUUGUCAAACAUUGGUUGAUAUUUUGAUGAACCCUCGCGAUUUACCACUAGAUGGCAGCAGAGGGUCAAUUCCAUUGUCAUGACAGCACUCACCUUUUCAGCUAUUCAACCGCAUUUUUUUUUUUUUUUUUUUAAACUUGACCUCCUUUAGUUUGACAAUUACAAUCAAAUUAGUACAAGUACUGAUUUAAAUAGUUUACUCCAGUCUGACAAAGGACCAAAGUCAAAAAUAGGCUUUGUCAAAUGUACACUCAUUCACUGCCAUUGUUGACCUAUGGGGAAUAUUGUCCCAACAUGUUGAAGUGAAGCUCGAUAGUGUUUGGAAAGACAGCAGCCGAGUCGCUGACACUGCUGUUUGCGUCAACCUGAAAUCAAUUUAGUACUUUUUCCAGCCGCCUCUCACAAUGUGAAGAUGAGCCAGGACAAAGUCCAACACAAACAAGGUCCCACAAGACGCAAAAUUAGGUAGACCUGCAAAUGCAUUUCUAAUGUUUUACUUUACCAGCUGCCACCCUAAUUCUAAUGAAGUCGGGACGCUGCGUUAAACAUAAAGAAAUAGAAAAUACAAUUAUUUUCAAAUGUAAAGCAUAUAUUUAAUGAUGAAACUGAUAAACUAUUGUUUUUAUUGGCAAAUCAAUAACUGAAAAUAUUAUGGCAGCAACAUGUUCUAAAAAAAAUCUGGGAUGGGUGGCAAAAAAAAAAGAAAAAAAAGUAACAGCUGUUGAGAACAUCCAACAGGUGAAUAGGCUAAAUGAGCACAGUUCGAUACCAUGAUUGGGUAAAAACGGAGUUUCCCUGAACUGCUCAGUCAUUCGCAAAGAUGGGGUUUCCUCUUUGUGAACAGGUUUGUGAGAAAAUAGUACAGUUUAGGGCCAAUGUUCCUCAAAGUACAAUUGCAAGGAACGUAGAGAUUUCAUCAUCCAUAUUAAUCGUUCAUUAUAUCAGAAUCUGAGAAUCCGGAGAAAUCACUACAUGCCUGAAGGCUGAAAUCCAACAUUGAAUGCCUGUGACCUUUGAUCCCUCAGACAGCACUGCAUGAAAAAACAUCAAUGUGUAAUAUCACCUUAUCGACUCAGGAACACGUCAGAAAACGAAUGCCAGUAAACACACAUAGGCUCUACACUGGUACAGUGCUGGCCAAAAGUAUUGGCACCUCUGCAAUUUUGUCAGAAAAUGCUCAGUUUCUCCCAGAAAAUGAUUGCAAUUACAAAUGCUUUUGUGGUAAUAUCUUCAUUUAUUUUGCUUGCAUGAAAAAACACAAAAGAGAAUGAAAAAAAAAAAAUCAUUUUACACAAAAUUCCAAAAAUGGGCCGGUCUAUUGGCACCUCAGCCUUAUACUUGGUAGCACAACCUUCAGACAAAAUAACUGCGAACAACUGCUUCCGGUAUCCAUCAAUGAGAUUGUUAUAAUGCUCUGCUGGAAUUUUAGACCAUUCGUCUUUGGCCAACUGCUCAAGGUCUCUGAGAUUUGAAGGGUGCCUUCUCCAAACUUCCAUUUUCAGAUCUCUCCACAGGUGUUCUAUGGGAUUCAUGUGUGGACUCAUUGCUGGCCACUUUAGAAGUCUCCAGUGCUUUCUCUCAAACCAUUUUCUAGUGCUUUUUGAAGUGUGUUUUGGGUCAUUGUCCUGCUGGAAGACCCAUGACCUCUGAGGCAGACCCAGCUUUCUUAUACUGGGCCCUAUAUUAUGCUGAAAAUUUUGUUGGUAGUCUUCAGAUUUCAUAAUGUCAUGCACACCGUCAAGCAGUCCAGUGCCAGAGGCAGCAAAGCAACCUCAAAACCUCAGGGAACCUCCGCCAUGUUUGACUGUGGGGACCGUGUUCUUUUCUUUGAAGGCCUUGGAUUUUUUUUCCUGCAAACUCUAUGUUGAUGCCUUUUCCCAAAAAGCUCUACUUUUGUCUCAUCUGACCAGAGAACAUUCUUCCAAAACGUUUUUGGCUUUCUCAGGUAAGAUUUGGCAAACUCCAGCCUGGCUUUUUUAUGGCUCUGGGUCAGAAGAGGGGUCUUCCUGGGUAUCCUACUAUAGAGUCCCUUUUCAUUCAGACGCAGACAGAUAGUAUGGGUUGACACUGUUGUCCCCUCGCACUGCAGGACAGCUUGAACUUGUUUGGAUGUUAGUCGAGGUUCUUUAUCAACCAUUCGCUCAAUCUUUCAUUGAAAUCUCUCGUCAAUUUUUCUUUUCCGCCCACAUAUAGGGAGGUUAGCCACAGUGCAAUGGGCUUAACACGUAUUGAUGACACUGCGCACGGUAGACGCAGGAACAUUCAGGUCUUUCGAGAUGGACU